AUGGCCCCCGUGAUCGAGCGCGUCGUUGCGAGGCAGAUCUUCGACAGCCGCGGGAAUCCCACCGUCGAGGUGAGCGUUUCAUUCUCCCGCCGGGCUUCUGUCUGAUCUGGAUCGCGGUGGAGGAGGAGGUAGUCGUUCGCUCCCCCCCCAGCGUUCCCCAUCAGCUUUUAGAUGUGAUUCCGAGCCCGAGAUCUGAAGCGUCGGUGCUGUCUUUAUGGAUGUCUCCCCGCAUGCCACUGACGAUGCUCUUUUUUAUUAUUCUUGUUCGCGCCUUACCUUUUUCUCGUCGAUCUGCUGGAUCUGUUGUGUGUUAUGAAAAAAAAUGGAGUUUUUCUUUCUAAUACCCCCUGUGAACUUGAUUCGCUAGUCGACCCGCUUUGCGUAGCACUUUCAGCCCCCGUCUUUUUACUCUUUCCUAGUUUUUAUUCGGGAGAAGAGAAUAAUUGUGGUGAUUUCUUCGUUGGGUUUUACUCGCAUUCAUUAUAGAGAUAUUGAACAUAUUGCGUGUGUAUUCGUCUGUUUUGGGGCUUAUCUUGAGUUAUCGUUUCACUCUGAAAAUUUUGUCCUGCAGGUUGACGUUAUAUAUGGUGGCGGGCAACUCGCUCGGGCUGCUGUUCCCAGCGGAGCCUCUACAGGUGUGUGUGAUGUACCUCUGAUGCUUUGUGUACAGUCUUUAUUCUUAUUUUAUUUUUUUCCAUGAUUUGUGCUAGAGAAGAAACGACUAAACUAGUCACUGUGUUUUUAAGUCUACAUCUGUAGGGUAUACGGUCCAACAAAUUAAAGAUAGUUUUCCUCUUUUAUAUAUUUACCUUUUCAUCGAUAAGUAUGAUUGAUUGUUUCCUCUGCUUGUUUAGGUGUGUACGAGGCUUUAGAACUCAGAGAUGGCGGAUCCGACUACCUUGGAAAGGGUGUUCUUAAGGUCAGUGGAUUAGGAUAUCAAAAUCAGCACCGAUGAUUUUUUUUUCCCAGUUUUUUCUCUCAAUUAUUGUCACGAGUGUUUGCAUUAUAUACGACAUUUUUCUUAUGUUCAUUUUAUUUUUUUAACCUUGUACUUUUUUAUAUCAAAGGCUACACUGGGGGUCAGAGAUCAAUCGUCCAUUUGAAACUAUUUGUGUGAUACAGGCAGAUAUCUGAUAGGUGUCAAUAAUGCUUCAUGGAUAAGUUUAUGUCAUUCCUGAUUUAUUAAAAAGAUUACGAGAGAGUUCUUUCUUUCUUAUAAAGUAAGAAAUUUAUUUCUACCGUUUGCAGGUUUUCCCAAAUUUUGUGUUUUCUAUUAUUUUCUCUUGAAAAUUUUAUUCAUGAAAUUCAUCACGAGCAUUUACUUUUCCUACUGUAGAUCAAUAGAAUGAGUUAAAGUUUUUAAUACUUCCGUUUCAGGCUGUUGCGAAUGUGAACACCAUUAUUGGACCAGCAUUGAUCGGAAAGGUACCUUUCUGGACCUUUUUUGGUUGUUGAGCUGUGAUGGGGUUGAGUUUCCUUGCCCUUCGUCUUCUUUGAAUUAUGGUGUUACUGAUUUUUCUACGCUUUUCUUAUUCAGGACCCCACAGAACAAACUGCGAUUGAUAACUUCAUGGUGCAAGAACUUGAUGGAACAUCAAAUGAAUGGGGAUGGUGCAAGCAAAGGGUGAGACAUAGAUUGUUCAUAUCAUGCUCUUAUGUAUCUAGACACUGUGCUUCCUUUGUUAAGUGGUUUUUCCUUCAUUUCUCUUCAGCUUGGUGCAAAUGCUAUCUUGGCUGUCUCUCUGGCUGUUUGCAAGGCUGGAGCCACUGUUAAAAAGAUCCCCCUUUACCAGGUUUUGUACCUUUCAAAUUUUAAUUUAUCUCACCCGAAACCUACGCAGUCAUUAUAACUCAUUUUUGUAUCUUGUGUCUGCAGCACAUUGCCAAUCUUGCUGGAAACAAGAACCUGGUGUUGCCAGUGCCGGCUUUUAAUGUUAUUAAUGGAGGAUCGCAUGCAGGGAACAAAUUAGCUAUGCAGGUAAUAAAAAUGCUACAGCGAUUCAUCCGAGUUACAAUAAUCCUUUUUUCGUUGGGUAGAUUAUCUAACUAUCUGUUCCUUUGUCCCAGGAAUUCAUGAUUCUUCCAGUUGGUGCCUCCUCUUUCAAAGAAGCUAUGAAGAUGGGGGUUGAAGUCUAUCAUAAUUUGAAGGUGAUCAUCAUUCUAUUAAGAAGUUUAUGGCUCAUUUGUGAGAAAUGUGGGAACUAAUUCUUCGUUCUUAUUUUUUAGAGCGUCAUUAAGAAGAAGUAUGGUCAGGAUGCUACCAACGUCGGGGAUGAGGGUGGCUUUGCUCCUAACAUUCAGGUUUGCUUCACAACAUUUCUAGAUAAAGAAUGCUUCUAAAGUUGCUUGAAUGUUCAUUUAGGUGUGCUUGCUCAUUGGAUUUUUUGAGCUAUCUUGCUAUGAUGAUGAGAGCUUUCUCUGGGUGCCUAACAGUUUGAGAGAAAAAAAAAGUACUCUAGAAGUUGAUGUGAUAGUUCGCGCAUCUACUGCAUUCUUGUCCUUAUAUAGAAAUACUUGAGGAUGGCCGGAUCGUCAUCUCUGCACUGUGCUAGGGCGUAGUCCAUGUAAAUAUCUGCCUUCAUGCCCUUCCUGGGUUCCCUUAGUUUACACGUUUCAGCUCAUUUCAGUGUAGGUGGAUCAUUGAGGUAGCUGAACAGUCCGAAUUAUUGUCUAGAGCUCGAUUGUAUUCUGACGACCAUAAAAAUAGUCUAUUUAACACUUUCGUGUCUAUUGGAUCUGAUUAUUUGAUUAACGACACCAAGAAAUUCUUGUCAGUUUUCUAUUGAGUGACAUAAGAUUUAAUGUUUCUCCAUCUUUUUUUUUUGCAUUUCAUAUGAAGAACACAAGACUCUUCUUCUUUUCAUCAAUCAUCUGAGUAACAUUACUUCUGUUUGGGAUCAUGUCUGUCCUCAUUUCUUUCUCCAUUUCUUGUCACAUAGGAAAACAAAGAGGGACUCGAGCUGCUGAAGAUUGCCAUUGAAAAGGCCGGCUACACUGGCAAAGUGAGAUCUUGUUUCGUGUUUAUUUUUUUCAUACCAAACGCUCUGUGCGACUAGCAACUUUUCCAAAAAAGGAAAAAGAGAUUGGGGACGUUUUGUUCAUUUUUGCCUUUUUUUGUCGCAGGUUGUGAUUGGGAUGGAUGUUGCUGCAUCAGAGUUUUACAAUGAUAAGGAUCAGACCUACGAUCUUAAUUUCAAGGAAGAGGUAAGAAAUCUGCCUUGCUUUAUUUAUUAAAUUGCGGGUAUGCAUCUAUUUCUUUCAGCAUAGACUUAUAUUCAUAACCUGACCGACGGUGGUGACGAGUGUUUCCGUUAUCUUCUUGCAGAACAACGACGGCUCACAGAAAAUAUCUGGAGACAGUCUGAAGGACGUCUACAAAUCCUUUGUAGCUGAUUAUACCAUUGUGUCAAUUGAGGAUCCCUUUGACCAGGACGACUGGACCCACUAUGCAAAGAUGACCGCAGAAAUUGGGGACAAGGUUCAGAUUGUUGGGGAUGAUCUCCUCGUCACCAACCCAACCGUAUGUCACCCCCUCCAGUGGAUCAGAAUCCCUGAUUAUUAUAGCCUAAGUUGCUUAUUUAUCUAUCUUGCCUUUUUGUCCCCUGCAGCGUGUCGCCAAGGCUAUCAAUGAAAAGUCUUGCAAUGCCCUUCUGUUGAAGGUGUAUAUUCAGAAUUCUUAAGCUCUAUAGCGAUAUGGAUCUUGCCGAUGAGGUUACUGAGGUUAUUUCUCUGUUUCUGAACCAGGUGAAUCAAAUAGGGUCUGUUACAGAGAGCAUAGAGGCCGUCAGGAUGUCCAAGAAGGCUGGUUGGGGUGUAAUGGCCAGCCACCGGAGGUUUGACCGAGUUGUAGCUCCUGAUGUCUUCUACUUCUAUAGCUUGAAAUCAUCUAUCUACUCGCAGGUAACUGAUGACUUGAUCUUCUUGAUUUGACCUAAUGCAGUGGUGAAACCGAGGACACCUUCAUUGCCGACCUUUCAGUGGGUCUGGCUACGGUAAGAAUCCCCAAUUCAUCACCUUUCCCUCCAUCCCCGCACCUUCUCCAUCUCUCCCUGCUCGCUUCCUGCAGAGAAUCUAGUCUCAUCCAAUCUGUGUUCUCUGUACCAGGGUCAGAUCAAAACUGGAGCCCCAUGCCGGUCAGAGCGCCUCGCCAAAUAUAACCAGGUGGGUUCCCCUGCCACCCACCACCCUUGGCCCAGUGCAUCUCUCUCUCUCUCUCUCUCUCUCUCUCUUUUCCUCUCUACCUCUCUUCAUCUCUUCAUGUGUGGGCUUUUAUCUUUGCUUAAUUUGGUUCAAGUCUUAGUUGCAGAGCCUGAAGAUGAUCAAGAUAGGUUUAAAUCCCUUAUUAACAACCCACCCCAAUUCAGCUUCCACGCUCUCUCAUAUCCAUCUCGUGUGGGUUCUUGAUUUUUUUCCCUUCCCUUGGCUGAGAGUUGCCUUUUAUUUUAUGAUGUGCACGCAGCUGCUGAGGAUCGAGGAGGAGCUGGGAGCUGCCGCGGUGUACGCGGGGGAGAAGUUCCGGGCCCCCGUGGAGCCAUACUGA